AGUGAGAUGCAAAUGGCCAGCAGAGGAAACGAGGGAGAACUACAGAAACCGCAGUCAGUAGGUCCCACAUCGGCAGCACAGGCACUUCCGGUGCAGGUGCUAGUCGUCAGCAACUGGGACGGAAGUGCGAUGGUCUACUUCCUUCACAAAGCCCGCCCCUCCAGAAGGUCAGACUACACUUCCCAGAGAUCAUUGCGCGGGGGCGGAGGCGGCAGAGAUGCCAUGGCGGAGUCGCUGCCCCUGGAGAUGCUCACAUAUAUUCUGAGCUUUCUGCCUCUACCAGAUCAGAAAGAGGCCUCCCUCGUGAAUCGGGCUUGGUACUAUGCAGCUCAGAAUGCCUUUCGGGAGGCAAAUGUGCGGUACAACAUUCCUGUGUCCUCUGCCUCCCUUCCGGGCAUCAAGAACCUGGGCCGUAGGGGCAUCUCCCAUGUCAGCCUGACCAACCUGGAUGGCUCACCAGCUUCACACCAGGUGCUACAGUUCAUUGCCUACCACUUGGGCCCAAACCUGCAGAGCUUGUGCCUCAGUGAAUGUUGCCCCACAGAGGCCUCCUUCGUGGCCCUGAUCCUGGGCUGCCCAGCUCUCCGAAUCCUUGACCUCAGUGGCUGCAACAGCCUCUUUACAUCAGGCACACUGCUUUCUCAGCCAGAGAUUGCACAGCGGGUCCAACAGGCACUGAGCAGACUCCAGGAGCUCAACCUGGGUGGCCUUCGGGACCUGGUCGACCUGAGCUUCAACCGGCUUAGUAGCUGUGCCCCUCACCUGCAGCACCUCUCCUUGGCCUUCUGCCAACUCACCUUUGAACAAGGCCCAACCCAUGGCUCCAUCUCCCCCAGCGGGUCCUCCCCCUCCCAACUCUCCUUCAACAAUCUGCUGAAAUUUGUGAGGGAGCGGGCUGGAAGGCUCCAGUCCCUGAACUUGAGCGGCACUGAUUUGCCACCACAGGCCCUGCAGGCCUUGUCUCAGGUGGCCGGGCUGCGGCUGCAGAAGCUGAGCCUGCACAACUGCCGGGACCUCUCCACAGAGGCUGUGGCUGCCCUUUGCCGCCAGCAAUCAGGCCUGACCUCUCUGGACCUCAGUGGCUGCUCAGAACUGGCUGACGAAGCUCUCUUGGCUGUGUGCCGGGGCUUACGGCGCCUGCAGCACCUGGGCCUGAGGAAACUGCAGCGACUAACAGAUGCAGGAUGCACAGCUUUGGGGGCCCUGCGGGAGCUGCAGAGCCUUGACAUGGGUGAGUGCUGUCUGGUGAGUGGGCAGGAACUGGCCCAGGCCCUGAGUUCUGUACAUGGAGCUCCACCACCAAUGACCUCCCUCAUCCUGGCUUACUGCUCCUCACUCAAGGACACCUCAAUGCAAUCCCUGAUCCCAGCACUGGGCCUAAGCCUCAGGGUGCUAGACUUAUCCUCCUGUAUGGCUCUCACCAGCCAGACCUUGCAGGCCAUCUGCACCUGCCUCACCCACCUCUCAGUUCUGCGUCUGGCUUGGUGCAAGAAGCUCCAUGACUGGGGACUUCUGGGAUUGGAGGAACCACAAACAUUUAAGGGGCCAAUGCAGGGGCUUCUUCUGCAGCCACACCAAAAGCUGGAACAUCAGAUCCCCAUCGAAGCUUUGCAGCCACAAGGCUCCUCCUUGCUCAUGCUGCAGUCCCUGCAGGAGCUGGACCUCACUGCCUGUAGCAAGCUCACUGAUGCCAGUCUAGCCAAGGUGCUCCAGUUCCCCCAACUGAGACAACUGUCACUGAGCUUGCUGCCAUCACUCACAGACAAGGGCUUGUUGGCUGUGGCCCGGGGCUGCCCUAGUCUAGAACACUUGACACUGAGUCAUUGCAACCUCAUCAGCAAUGAGGGCUGGGCCCAGGCAGCCAGCUCCUGGCCAAGGCUCCAGCACCUCAACCUGUCCAGCUGCAGCUGGCUCACAGAACAAACACUGGAUGCCAUUGGGCAGAUGUGCAAGCAGCUCCGGAUGCUCGAUGUAGCUAUGUGCCCCGGUAUCAACAUGGCUGCGGUCAGGCGCUUCCAAGUCCAGCUGCCCCAGGUGACCUGCAUCCAGUCCCGCUUCGUGGGAGGAGCUGACCUGAUCUUUACCCUCUGAGUGGAAGCAACCUGGCCUAGCCUAGGGGUGAUGUGGAGGGACCCCCAGAGGCACCUGGACAACAUCCUCACCUGGCUCAAAGGCCCACAGGUACCCAUAGCAGGCCUUAGUUUCUUUCUCACCAGGUGGGGAACUCCAGAGAAGACUGCUUCUGCUCCUCAUGGACUCUGGCCUGUCUUGUGUCCUAUACCAUGUCUAUGUUCCUGCCUGGCAUUAUAAUGAGGACUUCUUGCACUGAAUUCUUUUCAAAAUCAGCUAGAUCCUCUCACUGGUGUGGGAAAUGUCUUUUGGAAUCUUGAGUUUGCUCUUCAGCAUAAAGCACACCCAGCUCUGUCUCACACCCUGUGUGCCUCGCACCAGAACAUCCCCAAGUCCAGUGAGGUCAGGCCAAGCAGGGCUAAAGAUUCAGCAGGUGGAGCUUCGACUAUCAGGAGCCUUCAGGAGUCAUGGCUGUCAUACAAGGCACUUGUUAACAUUGCUCAGGAAGUGGCCAUUUGGGACAGUCCCUCCUACACUGCUAUUUCUCCAUCUCCUGGUUGAUAGUCCCAACCCUCCCCUGGCUGACACCCAGAUCACAAGCCAUCCCCCACCCUGCAAGGCAAACCUG